AUGCAUCACGGCCUCAUGUCCACGGCAGGCCCUAGGCACGGCGGGCUUGCGGGCUCUCCCGUUCCCCUGCCACCCGACGGGGCCACCCAGCCUCCCGGGGUCCUCAUGGGGCUGGGAAAGCCCGCCCUUCCUGGGGAAGCCCCCCAGGACAAGCGGCUACCUUCUCCUCCUCCUCUCCCAGGCUGGAGCUCAUGGCCCCUUGGAGGAGGCGGACGAACAGGUGGUCAGCUUGCCUCCCAGGGCUUCACUGCCCAGCAGGCCCAGGAGGGGCCCGGGGAGCUCCCGCUCUGCAGGCUGAGGGGCUGGCGCUGCCCCUGCAUUCACCCACAGCCGUGGGGCGGCCCCGGGGCUCCCUCCAGCUGCCCAGAGAGGCUGCUGCAGACCUGCCUCCGGCACCUGUGGCCCCAGCUGCGUCCUGCAGUUGGUGCCCAGGACCAGGCCAGCCCCGGAGUCCCGGGCUCAGCUGCGGCCCAGCCCCGGGCCUCGGGCGGUGAGUGCUGA